CCACAAUGGCCGCCAUAUUGUGCACAACUGAGGGGGACUGGGCAAUAAAGUGAAUCCCUGAUUGGAAGUGGUCAGCUGCGUAGCAUUAAUAAUCUUAAAAAUGGCUUGGAUAACCUAAAGAUUAUAGAGGAAUCGUUUUUAAAAUCGACUAKUGUUCAAAGCUAUAAAAUUCUUGAGUGAUUAAUGUGAUAGGAACGCCUGGGCGUUUAUGUGCUUGUAUUCAAACGAAAACAUCUGCUAAUCGUGUAAUAAUGCUGCUUCUACAAUUGUUCAAUUUGAUGUUGAUUGUCCUGGAAAGAUGGCCAAGGUUUUACUGCUAGCUCCUUUCGUUUGCCUCUUUACACUAACAUUUAGUUACGUGGAUGAAAAGGAAGAAACCCUCCCAACCAAAUGUCAUGUGUGUAAACACAUGACAAGAGAGCUUGUUGAAGAACUUGUUAGAUCAGGCAAAUCAAAGGAUGUUCUUUAUAUGGGACAAGUGUUUCAAAAACAACCCAAAAAAAUUCCUUAUCAACAGUCUGAGUUGAGACUAACAGAGGCACUUGAAAAUGCCUGCUCAAAUGUUUUAGAAUACAAGGUUCACAAAGACAAACCAUUACCUUUUAGAUAUGAAAAAGUUGAAAGUACAACCUUUAAAACUCUAAAAGGACUUAAAAAUAAAGGAGUAAAAGUGGAUCUUGGUUUUCCUGAUGAACUGUGGGACACACCUGAUGCUGAGGUUACUAGAUUAAAAUCCAAGUGUGAACAAAUGGUUGAGCAGUAUGAAGAUGAUAUCAGUCAUUGGUACUGGAACAUGCCUGAUUCUAAUUUAACACAAUGGCUUUGUGUUAAUAAAAUUUUGAAAUCUGGAGAAAAUAAUUGUUUAAAUGAAACUGCCAAUCAGAAUAGAAAAAUUUGGAAGAGAGAGCAAGAAAUGAAAUCAAAUGAAAAAGAAGAAAAGCAAGUUAARGAACCUGACCUUCGUUUGGAUGAACAACAAAGCAAAGGAAAGCUGAUUCAGCAGCAAGGAGAAGAACCGAAUGAAAGGUCAGAUGGAAUUACCAAAGCAAAAAGGGAGGCUCUUCGCGAUCGCCUUCGUUCUAUAGUUGAUCCCAACCGACUUCGAGAAGAAAUCCGUAAAAUCCGAAACAAGGAAUUGAAAGACUACGAAUCUUACCCAGUAAAAUCCGAUGACGUUCAUGAUUUACGGAGAGAAAUUGAGAAUCGCGCACUAAGUUUACAAAACAAUAAUGAUGUGCGGGACAGUCUUACUAUUCAUGAAAUGCUACAGAUAUACAUUGAAGACGCAAAAUCCAUUCGAGAUAAGAAUGAAUUGCGCAGGUCUCUGGAGGAUUUAAAUGCAUUAACAGGCAUAAUUGGMAAUCGAGAUAUCCAUAAUGAGUUGUAAAUGGGUCUCUAAUGGAUGUAUAAUGUAAAUAACUACAAAAAGUCUCAUAUUCACUGUGUCAAUUGGCUGCAUUAAUAAUACUUUGAAUGA